UCGCUGCACAUACGGAAGUUUCACAACAAUAAUAACAAAGUGAAGCAGAAAAACUGUAACACCAGUUUGGAGGUUAUAGCUCAUACAUACAGCGGAAUGGUCAACCUUGGUCUCACUAAAGUAGAUGAUGCGGUUGUAGCAAAGCACCCGGGUUUGCAGCAGUAUGCCGCUUGUCAGUCUUACGCCUUUAUGAAAGGCACAGCAAGCUUCAUACUAGGCACAGCUGGUUUAUUUUUUGCACAGCGAGCACUUCAGAAAAGAAUCCCAUAUCCCCUUCAGUGGAACAUUCUAGUGUCUAUUGUUUCUUCCUCAGUAUUCAGCUAUUCAGUAACUCGCUGGGAAACCAUGAAGUGCUCAGACUUGUGGUUAUUUCUUGAGACCGGAAAUGUUCCUGACAGAAACUCGCCUAAGGAAGAACCACCAAUUCCUGCAACACCUGCAGAUCCCAAAGUCACACGAUAUGGGGAUGUGAUGGAAUGAGCUCAAAUAAUGGCAUAAUGUUAUUCAUUUAUUUUGAAGAAUUGCAUUGAGUGUGCAAUUUCAGGAGGAUGCUUGGCCUUUCUAAACUAAAAGAUGUUGGUUCUGGUUAUAAAAAUAUUGUUUAAUAUAUGCUCUAUGUGUGUCAGUAAAUAAUAAAUAUUAAGAAUUG